GAGGACGAGGCCAGAGAAGAAGAAAACGGUCGGACCGAGCCGAUUGGUCGAGCAGACUCCUGCAUGGACCACACCCCCGUGAGGUCGCUAGAAGACAUAAUCAAACUGGUGGAGGUGUCAAACGACGGCGGGCCCCUGGGGAUCCACGUGGUGCCUUUCAGUGGAAAGGACCGCAGGACUCUUGGCUUGUUGGUCAAGCGUCUGGAGAACGGAGGCAAGGCCGAGCAGCAGGGCCUCUUCCAGGAGAACGACUGUAUCGUCCGUAUCAAUAACGGAGACCUGCGGAACAUCCGCUUCGAACAAGCUCAGAACAUGUUCCGCCAGGCGAUGCGUUCUCCCGUCAUCAUGUUCCACGUUAUCCCGACAUCGAUGAAGACGCACUACGAGCAGAUGUCCCACGCCGAGAGGAACCCUGCGUACGUGUCGGGACGUUUCAGCCCCGACUCUCUCUCCGGAAGCACCGUGUCCGGAAACGAUCACGCCCCACACAGGAUGUCCCGACACGGAUCUCAAACGCACCCACACUCCCAUCAGCAUCCUCAACCCCAUCCUCAACCCCAUCCUCAACCCCAUCCUCAAACCCAUCCUCAACCACAUCCUCAACCCCAUCCUCAACCCCAUCCUCAAUCCCAUCCUCAACCCCAUCCUCAACCCCAUCCUCAACCCCAUCCUCAACCCCAUCCUCAACCCCAUCCUCAACCCCAUCCUCAAACCCAUCCUCCAGCAGAUCAGACUGAGGGUUUCCCCGCUAUGACUCACCCGGUGGGCAACGCAGCCAAGCCUCCCACAGGACACACACCCCUCCCUCAGAGGGGGCUGAACGCCACGCCAACGGGAGGGUUCACCAAAAAGGUCGGGAGGAGGCUCAACAUCCAGCUAAAGAAAGGUCCAGAGGGACUCGGCUUCAGUAUAACUUCUCGAGACGUUCCCAUCGGCGGCUCGGCGCCCAUCUACGUGAAGAACAUUCUUCCUCGGGGAGCUGCUAUCCAAGAUGGCCGCCUCAAAGCAGGAGACAGGCUGCUGGAGGUGAACGGAGUGGACCUGAACGGACGGACCCAGGAGGAAGUGGUGUCUCUGCUUCGAGCCACACCCAUGGGGGGGGCUGUGGUACUGCUGGUUCUUCGGCAGGAGGACACCUUCCUCCCCAGAGAAGUGAACGCUGAGCCGCAGAUGCAGAGCCCCAGAGAUUUGCAUCCGAGGCAGCCGGCGACAGCAGUGAAACCCCAUUGGCUGAUUGAGGUAACUGCUGCAUGACAUCACCAGCUGGGGCCAUUACGCUGUAUAGGGAAAAAACAUUAGAGGCAAAUUAGAUACUUUGGGUGGC